AUGCCGAAGCCUCACCCGGAUAUCACGACGUACCCGGAUUUCAUCAUCGACGCCGCCGGGAUCGGCUUCGUGGCGGGCGGCAUGUGUGGCACCCCUUACCACUUCAUCAAGGGCCUCUACAACUCGCCCAAUGGCCGGCGCCUCGCCGCCGGUGCUCAGGCUGUCCGCAUAAACGCGCCCCGCCUUGCCAGUGGUGGAGCCGCCUAUCUCGCCGUCGCAGAAACCUUCCGCUACGCGAUGAUCUCGGCGCGCAAGAAAGACGACAUCUGGAGCUACGUCCUUCCCGGGUUCGCCGCCGGCGCCUGCGUGCCAGUCGGUCCUGGGCCUCGCGCCGUCGGCAUCUCCGCGAUCGGGGGUCUGUGCGCUGCCACCGCAGUGUACGUGCCAAGCUUCUGCCUCAGACGACGCGUCCGCUAUCCUUCGAGGCCCCCAUUGGAAGAUCCCGGCGUGACCCCACCCUCGGUCGUCGACUCUAUUCCUACCGAGUUGGUGAGGGAUGUUGAUCUUCGAUGCACCCAGCACAUUUAG